AUGAUCUUUGCCCAAAGUGGAUUAAGUGGAUUGUUCUUUCAUCAGUUUCUUUCCUCUCGCAGAUUCUGUUCACCAAACAAGAAUCUCAGAAGAUUCUAUUUAGCAAAUAGGUCUGAUGAUGCCCUUGCUUGUGCUGAACUUUUAGAAAUAAUGGGUAAUUCAAGUGGCAGCUCUAGCAGCCCUGUUUCUCAAUCUACUUCUCCGGACAAUGUUCUUCAUGUUAACUCUACGUCUCUUAUUGUAAAAGCUGAUCAAGACGACAAAGACCUUGCUAAUAAAAAUGAUCAUGGCCUCACUCCUCAUUCUGGUGCGAUUGAGAUUGGUCAAACAAAGCAGAGACCUGAAUCUCGUCCAAUGCGAUUGCCUGUUGACAACUUUCAUUUGAUUUUUGGCUCUUCUCCAAUUACUCGUGCUCAUAAUCCAUUACCCAUGGACUCCCAUUUCUCUCCAAGUAAACGUCAUCAUCAUCAUCAAGCUCAACCAUAUCCUUCCCGUCCUGCUCUUCAUCAAGCCGCUAAUAUUCAAAAAAGAUUGUGUGACACUGUUUCUAAUGUCCAAGUCGGUGGUGGUUCCCUUGAUGAUUCCGUUCAACCUCCUCUUUCAAAAGCUUCUAAAGCUGCCAUUUUAUUGCGUAUAUCUGAAGGUGGUAGACGUAGAUCCUUAUCUGUUGGAAGCGCUGGGUUAAAACCUGGUAGCAAAUUUAGUCGUGUGUAA